AUGGGAGGCUUUGAGGGUCACCUGUUUCCAGGGUUGUCUUUCUUCUUCUUUGGUCUUUAUCAUGCACAACUCUUCUCUAAGGCCUCAAUAUGCAACUACCCUGUCCAGUAUCCAGCAAGUCGUCCCUGGAGCAAAGGAAGAUGGGCCAAGCUACGGCAAAUAUAUUAUGUUGGAUUGCUGAAGAUAUUGGCUGCCUGCAUUUUAGUAGCUCAAGAGCUGCAAGGCAUUCCUGGAGACUUUGUACUUAUAACCAAGCUAUUUCACCAAAGAAACUUUUUAUACCACAAAGAGUGGCAGCAUCUCACUUUUUAUAUGAGCUUCUUGCUAAGUGGAUGUGUAGAUGUGGUGAGCCAGAACCUGUUGCCCCGGAGAUGUGCUCCUCUAGAACAAGGAGCCCAAGCCUUAGCCUUGUUUGUGUGUCUGCCACUGAUGGCGUCUCACAUUCAGGAUACAGAAGGAGUGGAGCUUCAGGCUCACAUCUUGCUCAUCCAGACCAUGUUCCUGCUGACGCUGGUGGUGAUUGCAGAGCUGUGGGCUCCCAACAUGCUUCAGAUCUGGAUGAUGAAAGCCUUUUUAAAUAUGGUGGUAGGGUCUUGGCUGAUGCACGUAGGUUUUAUGCUGUUCAAACCAAUCUCUGGCUAUAAAUGGAUGGAUGAUGACAAAAAUGAUAUUAUGUUUGUUACCACCUUCUACUGCUGGCAUGUGGCCUUCACUGCCAUUUUGAUGGUCUGGAUCUACGGCUUCUCCUUUGUGUGGUAUUGCUACAUUUGUUGA